CUCAGUUACUGCCGUGCCGGGGACCUGAGCGGGCGCGAUGCAUGUGAACCGCCGCAGUGAGGUGAUUCUUGGUUGUUUCGUGUGAUAGGAUUUGUUCGGCCGGUGCCAUGUUCGACAAGAUUCGCCGCUUCAUGGGCGGCGGACGCAAGAAGAAGAGCGACGCGCCCUUCAAACGCAGCGACUCGUUCCGCAGGAUCUCCAUCAAGCGGCACUACCUGGAACGCGGACACGCCAAGAACCAGCAGAAUCAGAGCCAGCCGCAGGUGCAGAGCCAGCCGUCGACCAGCAAGGCGCCCCUGCCGCCCGACGACCAGCUGGUCAUCGACUACGGCCAGUGGCUGCUCAAGUCGGACGAGAAGAAGCAGCCGCCCCCGGCCAGCCCGCCGGUCUCCAGGGUGGAGAUCACCCCUCUGGAGGCGUCGCCGCGCGUCACCGCGCACCGCCACCGCAUCCACGUGUCGGCGCGGCCCUCGCCGGCCACCUCCCUCGACUCGGACCUGCCGCUCACCCCCAAGGACGUCAGCCUGGGCCACCUGUGGCUCGACCAGCCGCCCCCGCCGCCCCCCACCAACUCCCGGACGCCCCGCAGCCUCGAGCUGCCGCCGGUGUCCACUCGGCCCGGGGGCUCGGGGCCGGAGCGCCGGGCCCACCGCUCGCUGGAGGGCGGCUUGAAGUGCAGCCGCCGGGAGGAGGUGGUCAUCCCGGCCAGCGGCUCCACCAAGACGGUGUCCUCCGAGUCCAAGGACUCGGGCUUCUCGUUCUCCAUUCCGCGGCUGAAUCCCAGCCGCGGCUUCUUCCGGCGCAAGCCGCCCAAGCCGCGCCUCAGCGUCAGCCGCGACGGCUACUUCAAGCGGACGAGCGAGGCGCGCAAGUCGGCGCAGGAGGCGAAGCGGAGUCGCGGCCGCGCGGCCGGCAAGCGUCUGGCCGCGGCGGCGGCGGCCACGGCCGCGGCCGCCCGCGGCACCCUGGACCUGUACCAGGCGCUGCGGCCGCCGCUCAAGGCCCUCAAGAUGGAGCCCAUGUUCUUCGUGCCGCCGGAGAAGCGCAAGCAGCACGCCAGCAGACGCUUCGCCGCCUGCGAGAUCAGGGACCCUGGCAGCGCGUCCUACGCCGGCAACGAGGCCCGCCGCGACCACCACGACGACGACGAAUCCACCUACGAGAGGGUGCCCGGUGACACGGACGACGAGGAAGAGCAAGGCCGGUGUUACGUGCCGCUCGGGGUGUCGCCGGUGCCGCGCAGGCGGCCGGUGGUGCGCAGGAAGAAGUCGGCCGCCCGCCUCAAGUACGUCGCGCGGCCGCACGUGGCCAGAAGGGCGCCCUCCACGCUGCGCAGGAGGAAGAGUACAAAGAAAAGCGACAUCACACAGAAAGGAUAUGAAAAGAAACGAUCUCGACUUCUGGCGCCAUAUGCACCAAAACAAACACAACCUCCUCCGGCAGCCAGUUCUGGAGGCGGUGGAGGUGGCGGAGGCGGGGGCGGCGGUGGCGGCGGGGGCAGGCCGCACCAGCCUGGCCCGGGACAGCCGCGCGCCCGCCGGACGCAGCGCAGAGUCACGCACAACGAGAAGCGCUACCACUCAGAAGUGCGACAGGAAGCGGUGCAGCAAGCGCUGGCAGCCAUGCAGGGCCGACCAAAGCCGUCGCUGCCGAUGCCGUCGAAGCGCACCUCCGUCAUGGCCAAGUCGCCCGACAGGGACAGAAGAGACUCUGCUGAAUCGAGCUCCGAUGACGACAGCAUGGUGAACGAGGGCGGCGAGGACGUGAGCACCCCCGAGAGGGAGCGGGCGCGCAUCCCGACGGCCCAGCAGCCCCUGAUCGCGCAUUCGGACACGAGCAGCACCGGCUCGGCCAGAGAAACGCCGCCGCAGCAGCGCCUGGCCCGCCCCUCGCACCAGCACCACCAGACGAGGCUGCCCAACGGAUGGGAGGAGCGGCCCGAGCCGCGGGACAAGAGGAGCAAAGAAAUUACCGAUCUCUCUGAAGUCAUGCACAACCUUAGGCCAUAUUCUCAGCCGCCAGACGUGACGCACAACACGGCGCAGCAGUCGCGUCGGGCAACGGCGGCGGCGGACCGCGUCGGCCGCUACCAGCACACGUCGUCGCGGCAGUCGACGCUGUCGGACGACAGCAUGGGCACCGGCACCGGCCGCUGGAAGGUGUCGGCCAAGAUCCAGCAGCUGCUGAACACGCUGAAGCGGCCGAAGCGGCGGCCGCUGCCCGAGUUCUACGAGGACGACGACAUCGAGCUGGAGAUCGCGGCCAACCCCAAGGACCCGAACGCGCCCAAGCCCGAGGGCAGCGCCAUGACGCCGGCCAUGGGCGAGCAGCUGGUCGUGCCGUCCGGCCUCCCGCGAAACCUCGAAGCCGCCAUCCAAAGAUACGGCUCCGGCACCUACAAGGCGCCAGUGGCCACAGUCCUCGACCCCAACGGCAAACUCAGCAUCACACUCACCUAUGGCAAGCUGCUGAGUCGAUCUCAGAAGAUCGCGUACACCCUGCUGAACAAGACGUUCAGCAAGGGUGACACGUCUCUCAAAACGGGUGACAGGAUCGCCCUCGUCUACCCCAACAACGAUCCCAUCAACUUCCUGUGCGCUUUCUACGGAUGCCUGCAAGCCGGCAUCGUGCCCGUGCCAAUAGAGGUGCCUCUCACUCGACGGGAUGCUGGAUCUCAGCAAAUCGGCUUCCUGCUGGGCAGCUGCGGAGUGCAGGUGGCCCUGACGUCUGAGGCGUGCCUCAAGGGCCUGCCCAAGACCGCGGCCGGCGAGGUUGUGGCUUUCAAAGGGUGGCCUAAGCUGCAGUGGUUCGUCACCGAGCACUUGGCCAAAGCACCAAAGGAGUGGCUGCCUCCGCCUAGGUUGACAGACGACACUCCGGCCUACAUUGAGUAUACCACGGACAAAGACGGCUCUGUGAUGGGCGUGACGGUGACGCGGGCCGCGAUGCUGUCGCACUGCCGCACCCUGACGAUGGCGUGCAACUACACCGAGGGCGAGGUGGCCGUGUGCGUGCUCGACUUCAAGCGGGAGGUCGGCCUGUGGCACGCCGUGCUGUCGGCCGUGCUCAACGGCAUGCACGUCGUCUACAUCCCUUACGCCCUGAUGAAGGUCAAUCCGGCCUCGUGGAUGCAGAUGAUCACCAAGUACAGGGCCAGCGUGGCCGUAGUCAAGUCGCGCGACCUCCACUGGGGCCUGCUCGCCACCAAGGACCACAAGGACAUUAGCCUCUCUUCUCUGAGGCUUUUGCUUGUGGCCGACGGGGCGAACCCGUGGUCGUUGUCGUCGUGCGACCAGUUCCUCAGCGUGUUCCAGCCCAAGGGUCUCCGCCCGGACGCCAUCUGUCCGUGCGCCAGCUCGAGCGAGGCGCUGACCGUGUCGGUGCGGCGCCCCGGACGCGCCGGAGUCAACGCCACGGGACGCGGCGUGCUCUCCAUGUCCGGCCUCAGCUACGGCGUCGUCCGCGUCGACCAGGAGAACUCGCUCACCUCCUUGACACUACAAGACUGUGGACAAGUCAUGCCUGGCUGUAUGAUUGUUGUUGUAAAAAUGGAAGGGCCGCCGUACCUGUGCAAGACGGACGAGGUGGGAGAGAUUUGCGUGAGUUCCGGCGCGACCGGCAGCCAGUACUGGGGCCUCUCGGGCCUCACCAACAGCUCCUUCAAGGUGCAGCCCCUUCACUCAGACUCGCGGACGCUGAGCGAUGCCGAAUUCACUCGCAGCGGACUCCUCGGAUUCCUCGGACCCGGCGGUCUUGUCUUUGUCUGCGGAUCAAGGGACGGCCUGAUGACCGUAACCGGAAGGAAGCACAACGCCGACGACUUGAUCGCCACCGUUUUGGCUGUGGAACCUAUGAAAUUCAUUUACAGAGGCAGAAUUGCCGUUUUCAGCAUACGCGUGCUGCGUGACGAAAGAAUUUGUGUCAUUGCCGAGCAGAGGCCCGACUGCAGCGAAGAAGAGAAAUUUUCACAGAGUUUCCAAUGGAUGUCUCGCGUCCUGCAAGCCGUGGACUCGAUCCACCAGGUGGGCAUCUACUGCCUGGCGCUGGUGCCGCCCAACUACCUUCCGAAGACGCCCCUGGGCGGCAUCCACUUGUCCGAGACGAAGAGACGCUUCCUCGAAGGCACCUUGCACCCCGCCAACGUGCUGCUGUGCCCACACACGUGCGUCACCAACCUGCCCAAGCCGCGCGAGAUCCACUCAGCUACGCGUGUCACCGUUCCAGACGUGGGUCCAGCCUCAGUCAUGGUCGGCAACAUUGUCCAGGGCAACAGGCUCGCCUCCGCCCAGGGAAGGGACAUGGGCAUCACCGACGAAGAGUCCGACCUCGCCAGAAAGCAGAACCUGUUUAUCUCCGAAAUCCUGCGGUGGCGCUCGACCACGACGCCGGACCACGUCAUCUUCACGCUGCUCAACUCGAAGGGUGGCGUGGCGACCACCCUGUCGUGCUCGCAGCUGCACAAGAGGGCCGAGCGGGUCGGCGUGCUGCUGCUUGAGAAGGCGAGGAUCAACACCGGAGACCACGUCGCCCUCAUCUACCCUCCGGGCCUCGAUCUCAUCUGUGCGUUCUACGGAUGCCUCUAUGUUGGCGCCGUUCCGGUGACGAUCCGGCCGCCGCACCCGCAGAACCUGCAGACGACGCUGCCGACGGUGCGGAUGAUCGUGGACGUGAGCAAGUCGGUGCUGGUGCUGUCGAACCAGAACGUGAUCAAGCUGCUGAAGAGCAAGGAGGCGAGCAACGUGGUGGACAUCAAGUCGUGGCCGGUGACGCUGGACACGGACGACAUGCCCAAGAAGAAACUGGCGGCGCUGUACCGCGCGCCGACGGCCGAGAUGCUGGCCUACCUCGACUUCAGCGUCUCCACCACCGGCAUGCUGGCCGGCAUCAAAAUGUCGCACGAGGCGGUCACCUCGCUGUGCCGCUCCAUGAAGCUGGCCUGCGAGCUGUACCCGUCGCGCCACAUCGCCCUCUGCCUCGACCCCUACUGCGGCCUCGGCUUCACCCUGUGGUGCCUCAGCUCCAUCUACUCUGGCCACCACUCCAUCCUCAUUCCGCCCUCCGAGGUCGAGCUCAACCCCGCCCUCUGGCUCACAGCCGUCAGCCAGUACAGGGUCAGGGACACCUUCUGCUCCUACGGCGUCAUGGAACUCUGCACCAAGGGACUCGGGUCGUCGGUGAACCAGUUGAAGCAGCGCGGCGUGUCUUUGGCGUGCGUGCGGACGUGCGUGGUGGUGGCCGAGGAGCGGCCCCGCAUUGCACUCAGCUCGUCCUUCUCGAAACUGUUUUCUGCGCUGGGACUGAGUCCCCGCGCCGUCUCCACGUCGUUCGGCUGCCGCGUGAACGUGGCCAUCUGCCUGCAGGGCGCCUCCAGCCCCGAGCCCUCCACGGUCUACGUCGACCUGAGGGCGCUCCGCAACGACAGGGUCUCGCUCGUCGAGAGGGGCAGCCCCCACUCCCUCUGCCUCAUGGAGUCGGGAAAACUCUUGCCGGGAAUGAAGGUGAUCAUCGCAGACCCUGAGACGAAGGGCCAGUGCGGCGACUCUCACCUGGGCGAGAUCUGGGUGCAGUCGCCGCACAACGCGAGCGGCUACUUCACCAUCUACGGCGACGAGUCGGACUACGCGGACCACUUCAGCGCGCGCCUCGUCACCGGCAACACGGGCGAGGUGUACGCCAGGACGGGCUACCUCGGCUUCCUGCGCAGGACCGAGGCCGUGCCCGCCACCGUCGAUCCGCUCGACGACAACGGCGAGCUGCUCCCGGGCCAGGUGCCGCCCCCGGCGGCCCCGCCGGGACUCCAGGUCAACGAGCCGCCAGAGCUGCAUGACGCUGUUUUUGUGGUGGGCGCCCUCGACGAGACCAUCAUGCUGCGUGGAAUGAGGUACCACCCCAUCGACAUCGAAAACAGCGUCCUCAGAUGCCAUAAGAAGAUCGCUGAAUGCGCCGUUUUCACGUGGACGAACCUGUUGGUGGUGGUGGCCGAGUUGGACGGCAACGAGAGCGAGGCGCUGGACCUGGUGCCGCUGGUGACCAACACGGUGCUGGAGGAGCACCACCUGGUGGUGGGCGUGGUGGUGGUUGUCGACCCGGGCGUCGUGCCGAUCAACUCCCGGGGCGAGAAGCAGCGGAUGCACCUGCGGGACGGCUUCCUGGCCGACCAACUGGACCCGAUCUACGUCGCGUACAACAUGUAGAGAGCGCCCCCGCCCCCCAUCCACCCUGCCGGCCCCCUGCUCAAUUUCGUUUGUAAUUAGCAACGUGUCUCAUUUGUGCUGUGUCCUUUUACGUCUCUGUUUUUUAAAUAUUUGUGUAUAUUGGGCCGCCUACAAGCAAGCUUCGAGAGGGAGUGACAGACAAUAAAUAUCUCACACAUUGGUUCAGUGCCAAACCCCCGCUUAUCUUCAGUUUGAGCCCGAGACAUUCCAGUCAUUUUAAGUCAUAGUUUGUGUGCUCAACUCAGCGCCGGCAGCUCUUCUCUCAUUCCGAUUUUCGUGCCCCCUGACCCCUGUCCCGCCCCCCUUUCGCUUCGGACACGAGAAAGAAGAAGAAGUGCAUGUUUUUUUUUCGAGAGAGAUCGACCAGCGAGCGUCUCCGCAGUCAUUAUUUAACGUGUAGAUAAACUACUAUGUAAUAAUUUAGUUGCGCUGACUCUUUUUAUUACGACUAUAAUGCAUAUGUAAUUAUAAUUAUAUAAUACAUAUAAAUAUAUAUAUUAUCAUUUGUGAUUGAGAGUUUUUAUCGCGAUAACAAGCAGCAGCA